UGGCUCCUCUCAAGUUUUUACUCAGGCGCGUGCUCUGCCCACGGAUGUAUAAUAAGACCUGUCUGCUUUGUGUUGUCAGGCAGAGAAACAAAAAUCGCAUCGGUCAGGGUGGCGCGUGUUGUGAUACAUAUGCACCGAACGAUAGUUAUUUCUGUUGUCUGUUUUUAAAGUAGUUAGCGUUAGGCAUUUAUCAUUUUUCUACAAUGUCGGUGGGUGUGGAGUCUGGAUUCUCGAGCGAGGAGGUCUUAAACAGCCGCUUCCCUCUUCACCGGGCAUGCAGGGAUGGUGAUGUCGGUGCCUUGUGCUCCCUGCUCCAGUGCACCUCAAACCCGGCUGACCUCACGGUGGAGGACACUUUCUACGGCUGGACGCCCAUACACUGGGCCGCUCAUUUCGGAAAGCUGGAGUGUGUGAUGCGUCUGGUUCAGGUGGGCUGUGGUGUGAAUGCGGUGACCUCCAGGUUUGCACAGACGCCCACUCACAUUGCUGCAUUUGGGGGCCACCCUGAGUGCUUGUUAUGGCUACUCCAAGCUGGUGCAGAUAUUAACAGACAGGACUAUGUGGGCGAGUCGCCCAUCCACAAGGCUGCUCGUGCGGGCAGUCUGGAUUGUAUCAACGCUCUCUUGAUUCAGGGAGCGAAAGCUGAUAUGAGGAAUGCCAGUGGGCUGACUGCUGCUGACCUGGCCCACGCCCAGGGAUUCCAGGAGUGCGCUGAGAUUCUCUCCAAUGCCCAGAACUUCCAACAAAACAUGGCUCAGUCACAUAACGGGGCUUUUCUCAAUGGCGUGACCCAGAAUGAGGGCCACGCUCGCCCCACUAUCCAGGGACGCAGCUUCUUGAAUGGCGUUCCCAACAGAAAGAGGUCGUUUGAGGGCAUGGAAGCAAACCCAAUGAAGAAGGCUAGAUCAAACGGUCUGGGCAUGCCACCCGGAUUGCUGAAUGGGCCACUGGGAGGCACUGGAGAGGCCCAGAUGGAAAGCAUGAGCAUGGAGUUGGCAGCAACUGUGACCUCAGUGGCAGGUGAGGAUUUUUCCUCAAAUGGUCACAGUCAGCCACAGCUUCCAUUUGGGUGUGACUCAGCAGCAGAAGUCCCCCAGGGCCAACUCGUCUACAACGACUCCUCUGAGAACAACGGCACUGAAGGCAGCCAGGUGGAGCACCAGAAGUCUGUGAAAGCAGAGCAGUUGUAUGACCAUGCCUUCUUUACCACCAUGCUUCUUUACCAUGGAUCCUAAAGUACAGAAGAUCUAGUUGACAGGCUGUUUUUUUGCCUGACUGUCAUAAGCCUAAACAAGCAUUCAUUUGCCUUAAAGCCAUUUAAUAGUCCAUUUAUUCAUUGAAAAUAUUUGUUUUUGAAAAGGGCAGGCCCAUUAUUGAUGGACUGAAAUGUGUAACUGAUUAAUAGUUAAGAAGUGGGUGUUUUGUUUGUGUUGUUAAAGAGAAAGUGUUUGUUUGGCCUGUUUUUUAAGUUUGAUUAAGCUGUAAAUAGUCUAAACUAAGCAUCUGUAUUGAAACACUGCCAAUACUUGUGUUUUUUUGUUUUGUUUUUUUACACUUUGUUGUUUCUGUCUCAACUCGAAGUUGGAUCCCUGCCUCUUGAUGGUAAUACAAACAAUUAAAGUCCCAUGUUACUCAUUAAGAAUUAAAAAAA